GCAAGAAAAACAAGAUGACUUGAGGUCGGAGGUUUGCUGCGCGAUACCUUGCAGUGUAGCACCCGUGACCCGCGUUCACUGAUCCACCCUGCCCUAGGAAGCACACCCGAGACUGAGGAAUGUUGCGUCCCCUGAAUGUCUUGGCAUCUUCAGCCUAUAGGAACUGUGCCAAGAAUGCCUGUCUUAAUUCUGCACUGGGCACCAUUCAUUUGAGACAGAUUCAGACAUCACUUGUUUCCUCUGCUCCGAGACUUGUCACAUAUGUUGGACACCUGACAUAUGGGCAUACUGCAACAGCCCUUAAUAGAGUGGCCACAUUGGUUCCCAGUGUCCUGAAGCCGCCAGUCAGAGCUCUAACAUACUGCAGCACACGGAAAGGCAAGAGAAAGACGGUAAAAUCGGUUGUGCAUCGCUUCCUCCGACUUCAUUCUGGCCUCUGGCUAAGGAGAAGGGCUGGCUAUAAGAAAAAAUUAUGGAAAAAGUCAACUGCAAGAAAGAAGCGCUUGAGGGAAUUUGUGUUCUGCAGCAAGACCCAGAGUAAACUCCUAGAUAAAAUGACGACAUCUUUCUGGAAGAGGCGCAACUGGUACGCUGAUGAUCCUUACCAGAUGUACCACGACCGAACAAACCUGCGAGUAUAGCUCAGAGCUGUCAUAGUUUCCAGCUGUGGAAUGUGGAUCUUUGUGUACAUGAUGCCCUUGCAGAUGUGAGUAUGCGUUAGACUGUAAGCCGUACCAGCCAAAAGGGAAGCUUCGAUUACCACUGUUGCACAUUAAACAUUCCCUGAGUUGGCAUAGAACUAAAAGUUAAA